GGUCUACGAAGAAGAAGCGCGACGCUAAAGAAGUGGAUAAAAAUUCCCCAUCCCAAGAGUGUGAACCGUAAUCAACACAGACGUGAAUCAGUAGACGUACAAUACGAACGUCCGGCAAUCGGUGACCCUUGACCCUUGAGAGAUCUCCAUUUCCUCCGUACUCCAGCAACGCGAUCUCUUUGUUCUCAUCGGACGCCAGGGGUCAACGCAUAGUACAGAGGCGGAGAACGCGUGUCUGCGAUAUAAAAUAUCAUCAGGGUCACCGUGAUGCGUGACGUUCGGUAAGCGGCUCUGCUGCAGCCACGCCGGCACAGUCCGCGGUGUGCAGCGAGCCGAACAACGAGUGGUUCAUCCAAGUCGAAAUCGAAGAGGUGUUCGACCGAUUUCUUCGAGAGUUCAUCCGUCCUUCAACAGCGUCCCUCUUUAUGAGAGUGGGACUGGCUUUUUGGCACUGUUUUCGAGGCCUCCGGUACGCUCGACCAUCGCUUGGCGCCUGGGCCGGUGGAAUGAGGUGCGAUAAGAGCGAGCAACGCGUGCCGAGAUUGGAAUACGAGCAUCCGGUGCCACCGCAAUGACCGGUCGUGAUUCGCUGGGACGAUUUUACUCCGGGUGUCGACUGGACACACACCGAUGAGAACCUGGCCAAGCUGUGCGUAGAACGCGCAGUAUCCGCUUUUGCCAUUCACCGCGGCCCCGACGCCGUCGAGGAUAUUUAUAAACGUCGUCAGAUGGCUCGGACCGUCACCUGCCUCCGGUAUUUUCUACUCGCCUACGUCAUCCUGCUCGGCAUUUCUGGCAUCAUCGUCUCCGUAGGAUCUGGGAUAUUUAUUUACCAGCUGAAACAGUACCGGCCCUUGACUCCGGACGAUGUCUGCGGGUCGUCGAUCACCCUCCUGAUCAUGGGUCUGGUCACUUGUCUCCUUGGAUGGGGGGGAUGGCACAUCGUCGAUUCGACUCACAGGGUGCAAGUCAUAUGUUUUGCCGUGGUUUUGGGCACGGUCGCCUUCGUGGAAGCCGGCACCGGAAUAUGGGCUGUGAUUAAGCACGAACAGAUCGACCCUUUACGUACUUCCGACCACGAGACGGCCUUCGCUCUUGCUACAACCGACGAAAAAUCCACAUGGGAUCGGAUGCAAAUAAGGCUGGGCUGUUGCGGCAUCGAUGGACCCGCCGACUACAGGAUCCUGGACUCCGUUCCUUGGUCCUGCUGCGACACAUCCUCGGUAGAAAAUCCAGAAGCCGUUGCCAGUGGCACUUGUACCACGAUGUAUUCCAGAGGAUGCUUACACUUCGUUGUUAACCGAACGCGUUCCAUUCUCCUUCACGUUUUCCUACUCGCACUUUGCUCCGUUCUCCUCCAGGUUUGCGGGGUGAUAUGCGCGUGUUUCUUUGCUCGAGCGAUAAAGGAGGGCGCUGCAAGAAGACGUCGUGAUAUCCUGUCGCUUAGCGGGAUGAGAAACUCCCGGAAUGCAUCGCCUAUGCGAAAUGCAUCCAGUACAGGGGUGGAUUCUCAGCUGGUGGUUAAACCCCGAGUACCGCCAAGACGAAAGACGUAGUUUUUACGUAUGACUUAUGAUAGUCAAAUAGAAUAUGGUAUAACCCUGAUAUAUACCCGCAGAAAUGAGAUGAGAAUUGAUUGUCUCACACGUUGAUUACGCCUAAGUUUUAUUAUAGAAAUAAUCUGUACAGCAACCGAACUGAAUUUUGUACUGCAUAUAAUAGUAUUUGCUUUUAUUCACCCACGUCACGGUUAUAGCUCAUUGUGUGCAAGCUGCUCAGCACAUAAUACAUUGUACAUCCAUUGUAGACGUAGGUCACUUUAUCAAAUCAAAUAAACUAUUUAUAACUUG